AUGAUGGGGAUGCGCGGAUGAGUGUCACCGCGGCCAUGAGGGAAGUGUGUCGCCAUGCACAUGGGAAGCUCAUUGCGAUCCUCCUGCUCAUGGGAUUGGUGGGCACCGCUCGAUCGACACACGGAGGAAGGAUCCGUUGCUGCGUAAUGGCCAGUGGAUCUUGCAGAUCGACAUGUGAAAAGAUGUCCUUAGUUUCUAUGGCUACAGAUCAAAAGGAACUAGAGCUUAACCUUCAGAAAUUAAGUGAUUUGUGCCAUUACUCUUACAUGAUCAAUUUCUGGAGCUGUAUGAACGAAACACUGGAUGAAAUUGACAAAGGCAAAGGGUGGAUUGGACGACCGUGCUGUCGGAUACCACAAUCUGAAAAGUGCAAGAUGGCCUGUCUCCAAGCACAGACUACUUUCGAUCUUGCUUCAUCCUGUCGGAAGAGUGACGAGAAUCCUUUCUUCUCCUGCAUCGAGCGGUACGAAGCUGGCGAGAGGUGCUGCAAGAACGCGACGUCCACACAGUGUGCUGAAGCUUGUAAGAGGGUUUUCGCCAGCUCUCACACCCCACCAAAAGAAGUGAGAGACGCCAUCCACAAACACUGUACCGAGAAAAAUUCCGGUAUUCAACAAUGUGUACAAGUGUACAUACACGUCACUCCGGCUGAUAAUCCUUAUAAAAUAGAUAUGCGAUGCUGCGAGAAAUCUCCAAGUAUCCAGUGUCGAACAGCUUGUAAGGAAACAUUGAUGUCAGAAGCUACCAACCAGGAAAUAGUCGAUGGUCUUCAACGAGGAGGAUGCGGGCCACCCUUACCUCAAGAUCGACUUUGGCAAUGUUUCCUAAUCAACUCUGUCGCCAACGAACCAGGAGGUUCUUUGACUCAAUCAGAAAAAGUUGGCAUGGACAGCGCCAAACUACAGUGUUGUUUCCGAGCUGCUACCAUUCACUGCCAGCGGCUAUGUAUCGAUACAUUCAGCAAUCAGUGGACGAGUAGUUGGAGUGAUUUCGAUCGCUUAUGCCAGUAUCAAAUGACAGAGUCCGAAAUGAUUCGAUGCUUGAUAGAAGUGGAUGAGCCCUGUGAGCUGGGUUGCGAGGGUCUAAGCUACUGCAAGGAUUUCAACUUUCGUCCGACGGAGUUGUUCCGCAGUUGUGACCCGUCUUCGGACCGAGCAGCUCAGCAGGACUUGGAACUGUGGGCAGAGGGGGGCGUAAUUCCCCUGCCUAUGAUGGAGAUUCCUGUUCUACCAAUCACCAAGUGCCAUCCUGAUGUCUGGAAAGCCAUCGCGUGCACCUUACAGAUCAAGCCCUGUCAUCCCGAGGGACACGUCAACAGAAUAUGCAAGUUAGACUGCAUUAACAUUCUUACUAAAUGCAUUGAUCCGAGUCACAAUCUAAAUCCUGCUGCCGUCUGCGAUAUCCUUUCUCCACCAGGGAAUGACACUCCUUGCAUUUCUCUUGAACAUUAUCUCGAGGAAAGCAAGAACAUCGAAAUAGCUAUAGAAGUAACCCAUCCUUGCAAACCGAAUCCUUGCGAUGCUAAUGAUAUCUGCAUGGUGGAUAGAAAUUGCCUGAUUGGGCAGCCUUGCAGACCAUAUACUUGUAUAAAAGGUUGCCGAAUGGGAGACAUGUCACAGUUAGUUGUUCCUCGGAAUUCGCAUGUGCGUCUGCCGAGCAAUACACAUCCCAGCAACACUCAUGGAUUACAGUGUCACAUGGUCUGCUACUGCAGCCUUGAAAACGGACUUGAGGAUUGCAGAACACAGCCUUGUCUUGGAACGGACCCGUGCUGGGUCGACGGGAAAAUAUACAGUCACAAUUCAAUUUUCAAAGUUGGGUGCAAAACAUGUUAUUGUUAUGAUAGUGAAGUGACUUGUUCUCCUAAACAGUGUUGGUCAGGAUUACCUUGUAAUUGUCAAGACCAUUACGUGCCUGUUUGCGGGGCGAACGGGAAAACCUAUCCAAGUGCUUGUCUGGCAAGGUGCGUCGGCCUUACUGAUGAUCAGUUUGAAUUCGGAGCUUGUUAUGAUUCAGAUCCAUGUAGCCCGAAUUCAUGCCAUCCGUACCACAGAUGUGUUCCCAAGAAACGGGUGUGUGUAAGCAUUAGACACAGAAGCUGCAAGCAGUAUGACUGUGUUGAUAUGCAAUAUAAUUGUAACCAGCUGCCAAAAUCUCCUGUGUGUGAUACUGACAACGUCGAGCACCCGAGCAUAUGUUGGAUGCUGCAAAGAAGAAAAGCUCUGGCGUACUACGGCAAGUGCAUGCCUCAUUGUCGGGCCAGAGGCCUUGUUUGUGGACACAAUGGUGAGACGUACUCGAGUGAAUGUGCUGCUUGGGCGGAAAGAGUGUCGGUGGAUUAUAAAGGCGCAUGCGCUGCUGUAGGCUCAAAAUAUAAUAAAAAUUAUCCUUGUGGAGGGAUAAAAUGUGCCCCAUUGCCGUCCGAACACUGUCCAAAAGUAUUUCCUCCGGGUAGCUGCUGUCCUAUUUGUGGGGUUGCUCUUCGUGUGCUUUAUAGUCAGAAGCUGUCAGAUUGGGCUGUAGAUUCAAUUAGGGAUGUCGAUCCGGUUGUAAUACAGACCAUCGCAGAAAAGCUACGAGAGCACGUGAAGGUCACAGAAUGUGAGCUUUUCGCCUAUCUCAGUCUGGAGUCCGACAUCGUCGUUCUAGUCAUCGCGAUCGCGGACAGUCCCACCAAGUUGCAGGUGGAGGCUUGUGUCCGUGAAGCACAAAAGCUCAAAGAACUUAUUCAUCAGCACAGCCCAACUUUACUUACAGAACUACCAUUGUCCUUCUUCACCACGGCCACAAUGAUUGAUCCAGUUUCGGAUGGUGCGCUACAACUAAUUCCAUUUUAUGGGAGUCUUUUACUCGCAGUUGUAGUAAUUAUCUUGCAGUCUCUAAGGACGUUAUCAUGAUUAUUUUACCAACUUUUGUAAUUUGCAAAAUUGAAUUUAAUUAUUCUAAUGGACCUCCAAAGAGUUUGCCUUCCGUCAAAUUAAUAUCUUGCCCAAAUUUGUAAAUUUCAACAGUUUUCAAACUUUGUUUAAGCGAUGAAUAUAUUUUAAAAGCAUUUAGCCUUUUGAGGCGUGGUGAAGGCCACUUUUCCUCAAAGGGCCACCAUUUAAGAAAUGUUUUCCGAGGCCACAAUUAAGAAAAUCUUUUUGAAGCUGUGUCCGUGUGCUGAAAAAAAUGGUGGCAUUAUACAAGGCAACAGUGCCUCAAAAUAAUAGUUUAAUGAAAUUAUUUUUAAUUUCGGAAAUGGUGAAAAAGUUGUAAAACUGGAAGAAAAACAAAAAUAUCAGCGUGCUUUUUUGAAGAUGGUAGAACAUUUUACACAUCGUCGCCUCAGAGCAACGUUAAGAUAUCUUAGUAUUAUUUCUGGGAUUAGAUAUCUCUUACUGCUGCUCUGAAGCGACGACAUAUAUAAAGAAGAUAUUGCAAUUGUCAUUAAUUCCUAUACGUAUAUGUAUUUAUUUUAAUAUUUUUCGGUAUUUUGCUCAAUAAAACGUAAAAGCAUAUUUUUAUGGCAUUUAAAUAGUUAUAUUGUAGUUCGUCUGAACUUGCAUUAAAAUAACUAGGCGAAAUAAAAAA